AUGACGGCUAUCCCAGCCAGUCUCUACUCCAAACAGCAGAGAGAUGGAGCCCUCAGCAGAGCAACAAAGAACCUGUGUGGUCCAAGCAACACACUGUUACAGGUGAGAGGACCAUUCAAUGGCACUCUAGAGCACGUGGGCAAAACAGUGAAACACUCAGUGUUCGGGUGUCCCAACUGCUAGUGUUGCCUGCUAUACAGGACCUGCAGCUGCUCAAACCAGUGAAUGCCAUACAUGAGCCAUCACCUAACUACAGAGAACUGUAUCCCAAAGUGUUCACAGAACUAGGGAAACGGGGAGUACAAAAUAAAGCUGAAAGAGUUAGCCACACCCUUUGCCUUGUCGGUGCCAUGCCGUGUCCUGCUGCCCCUGUUGAAAAAAAGUCAGUGAAACUAUAUCGGAUGAUGGACGUGGCCACACCCAUAGAAUGACAAACAUCAGAAUACGCGUACAUAUGACAUCUGAAUGAGAAUGUGUCUAGAGAAAGACACAUCUUACCUGCAGUGGAUCAGACGCUGGCCAAACUGUCAGCAGCAACAGUUUUCUCCAAGCUAGAUGCCACAGCGGGGUUCUGGCAGAUCCCGCUACACACAAACUCAGCCCCGCUCACCACCUUCAUAACACCUUUUUGGAAGGUAUCGUUUCAGCAGGCUCCUCUUUGGAAUAUCAUCAGCACCAGAGCACUUGCAGAAAUGCAUCACCCAAAUGCUGGAUGGACUGGAAAGAAGCGUAUGCCAUGCAGACGACAUCCUGGUGUUCUGACAAAUAUGGGAAAAGAAGCACCAACGACUGCAGAAAGUACUGGAGAGACUUCAAGAGCAGGGGCUGACACGCAGCGAGAAAUGUCAGUUUGCAGUGGAGCAGGUAAAGUUUCUGGGUCAUGUCAUACAGACUGAGAUGCCAGUGCCCAAAGACAUCACAUAUGUUCAAUGCUUCAUGGGCAUGGUGAACUACGACAAAGUUAUCUCCAAACAUUGCAGAACUGACAAACCCAAUCAGGGACCUCCUGAAAGCUGACAAGAACUAGAUGUGGGACUGUGCACAGCAAACAGCGUUUGAGAAAUGCAAACAGAACUGAGUUGUCCUGCAGUUCUUGCACAAUACUGCCCUGACGAGCAGACAAGUGUCUGCAGAUGCAUCCUCAUAUGGACUGGACGGAGUCCUUAGUUUCCCAACUGUCACAGUCGGUUGAGUGGAGGCCUGUGGCCUUCAUAUCAUGCAGUAUGAUAGAGACGGAGCGCAGAUACGCUCAAAUUGAGAAGGAGACUCUUGCUGUUACCUGGGCUUGUGAGUGUUUCCAAACUUAGGCACCUGCCAGGGUUGGACUUCAUGAUCAGAACAGGCCUCUUAUUUCAUGCCUAGGCACAAGAGCGCUGGAUGAUCUAUCUCCUCGCAUACUGAGAUUCUGACUCAGGCUAAUACGCUUCCCCUAUCGGAUCAUGCACGUCCCAGGCAAGAAUUUGGUGACAGCCGAUGCUCUCUCGAGCUCCACUCCCGGGGGCACUUACUGAGAAAGACAUGACACGGGAGAUGGACGUCAAACCUACAUCAACCACAUCAUCCAACAGUUAGUUACCUGCAACAGACACAAAGCUGAGUGAACUACAGAGAGCCCAAGAAGAGGUUGAGGUGUGUAAAUAGUUUUUAAAAACCCUCAUAUAGACAAAGUGGACAAACAGAAAAGCAGCCCCACCCCAACUUCAACCAUGCUGGCAACGCAGACAGGACCUCUUGAGGGCGGAUGGCUUGCUAAUGAAGGGCAACAGAAUGGUCAACAAUGCAACAAGAAAUGCUGGAGCCAGGACAUCAAGUGCAUGGCAAGAGCACAGCUGUCAGUUUGGUGGCCAGGCCUGUCUAAACCGAUCAAGGAGACUGUGAGCCAAUGUGAGACUUGUGCAAAGGAAAGCUACAAUGCUCCAGAACCUCUGACGCGCCUCUAAAUAAUAAUAGUAAUUUGGUGGGUGCUUAUAUUUGUCCUUUUACACACAUGUACAAGUGUGUAUUAUACGCAUGUGUGAAUUGGAAAUGUAAUUCCCAACACUCCCUGAGACAUCAAUCAAUCAAUCACAUGUAUUUAUAAAGCCCUUUUUACAUCAGCAGAUGUCACAAAGUACUAUACAGAAACCCAGCCUAAAACCCCAAACAUCCUCGGAGAGUGGGGUCACGGCCAGGUUCAGCCAUGAUCAACGGCAACCCUGGAAGCAAUUAGGGUUAUGUGCCUUGCUCACAGAUUUUUCACCUUGUCAGCUUGGGGAUUCAAACUAGUGACCUUUUGGUUACUGGCCCAACGCGCUAACCACCAGGCUACCUGUGGCCCUAACCUCACGACCACGACAGAAACUUAUCUCGCUACAUUGAGGUAGCCACUCUGACCACAAUCACAACUGUUACAGAGAGGGUGAAAGCAAUCUUUGGGAGACAUGGGGUCCAUGUGACCCUAGUGACAGACCAUGGACCCCAGUUCUCAUGUGACAAGUAGUCCACGAUACCCCCAGAGCAAUGGCGAAGCAGAGCGGGCGGUGAACUGUGAAGCCCUUGCUGAAAACUGAGACAAUCCUCACAAAGCGCUCAUGGUGUACCAUGCCACCCCUCUGGCUCAUGGUGCGUCCGAACUCAGCUGCUGAUGUGGCGCAACAUCAGAACUCCCUUGCCAGUCAUUCAAUCUCAACUCAAACCUGAGUGGCCAGACCUCAAGUCCUUUGAGAGGAAGGAUAGGGAAAUGAAGGACAAAAAAGCUGCCUGGUACAACAGACGACGGAGAACGCAGGAACGACCAAACCUUGUUCCGGGACAACGAGUCUGGAUCAAGAACGUCCCCAGCAUUGGCACAGUCAGCAGCUCGGCAGAGACUAAAAAAAUCCUACAACAUGGAGACGCCAAUAGGCAGCCAGGGAAGAAACAGGUGUCAGCUACAUGUCACCCCACAGAGCGUCCUACCAGACAACCCCACGACCACAAGUUCUAGUUGCAUCAUAAGACCUCCUUUGAGGAUGAACUUAUAGAGACACAUAGCUGUGUGAUCAAGGGCCAGAAUAACCCCCUACCACAGCUUAGAGGUUCAGGUAGUCUACCCUGGCUUCUGAAAAUAAAUGUUCCUGAAAAAGAAAUUGGUUAAAGCUGCAAUAUGUAACUUUUUGGGCGACCCGACCAAAUUCACAUAGAAAUGUGAGUUAUAGAUCUGUCAUUCUCAUUGAAAGCAAGUCUAAGAAGCCAUAGAUCUGUUCUGUAUGCGCUGUUUCUAUGCUUCCCUUUCUUAAGUUUUAGUUUUUGCGUCUUUUACUUUAGGUUUUGUACACCAGCUUCAAACAGCUGAAAAUACAAUAUUUUUGGUUAUUGAAAAUAUAUUUCACAGCGGUACUUGCUUGUUUUGUCACAAACUGAAAUGAGGCAAACUAUUAGAAUUUUAGCGACCAGGAAAUGGUGGAGCGAUUUCUGCAUAUUGCACCUUUAAAAAAAGUUUUUAUCUCAAGUUCCUGAAAAGUGUCUUGAUUAAAUCUGUCUUUACAAAAAGGAGGACGUGUAAUGGUGCGCAUUAAUACAUGUAUACAGUAUACGCAUGGAUACAUGCAGGGGGAGUAAUAAAGCACAGGUUAAGUUCAACCACCUCUCCUGUGUCUCUGUUCAGUCCUAAACUCACAGUGGAGAGAGGGCGUGAGAGCUGGCAGGGAAACAGGUAGGCCUACAGGGCAGAUACGUUCAUUGCAUGAAUCAGGAUAAUGGACAUUAAUGUUCACCAAAAGGUUUUUAGAACCCAAAAAUCUGCAGGAACGUUGUGUAGCCUAAUCUCCAAAAAUUACCAAUGUGCGCAAAAUGUUUCGUUAAGUGGAAGGCAAUGUCUGUGUCUGUAAUAUUUAGUUUAAUCGUCCCAGCUCUUAAGGCCAUACUUAACAUUUACAAAUGCAUUAGACAUUAGUGAUGGGGGAAAAAUCAAUACAGUUACAUAUCACAAUAUUAUUUUAGAUGAUAUUGUAUCGAUACUUUGACUAGGUAAUUGAUACUUUUUGGCUAGAUAAUGUUAGCUAGCGCUAGUCGGCUGUACCUGGGCCAAACUACUGUAUUUUUCAUCCUAUAUCUUGUUCUUUAAAAAAAAUAGUGAGCCAUCAUGUUUUCAACGCUUUUAUUUCCAUGACUGAUAAACUCUAAUGCUCUCGUCUCUCUGCAGCAGACAUAUAGUGAGCAAUAUGUUUCGAACAUGAAAUCGCAAUAAAAUCGCAGUAUGGAAUUGCAAUGCAUAUAGAAUGUCGCAUCAGUACCUAAAUAUCGUGAUAAUAUCAUAUCGUGAGGUCCCUGGCAAUUCCCAGCCCUAUUAGACAUGCAUUGAAUAUUUUACUUGUAGGCAGGGAUGACAUUUGGCCAGUUUGGUGUUUUUAUUGACAAUCGCCCUUUGUUUUUUUCCAGGAUUACAUAGUUUCCUUAACUUCGCCAGCUCACCUAAAGAGGGAGCAUCUAACAUUGGCUCAACACAAACAGCUGGUUGCGCUGAAGCCAGCCAUCGAGUAUGACUCUCAGGCUGUGGUGGAGGUGAGGGAGCAUGUGGUGGACAUCUCCGGUGGCGAGAGGAACGUAAUGACGGCAUGGUCGAUGGUGGAGAAGAUCAAAAUGGAGAAACACCCUUACAGGGAAGAGGCCCCUGAGCUGACUGAGGCCCAGCAGCCCAGUGGGGAGUCGGAGGAGGGGAACAGCUCAGAGAGCGAGUCAGAGCAUCAGCUGCAGGUGAACAGGGGCAGCUGUAAGAGGAAGGAGCUCUUCAGUGCCACCAAGCCUCACCGUCAGCUCUGUCGCUCUCCAUGUCUGGACCGGCCCAGCUUCUCCCAGAGCAGCACUCUACCAGAGCUCCGCCCUGACGACACCAAGGCCGCCGCAGUGCUCAAACAUGCCAGCGACAAGGUGUACCAAACCAAGAUGGAGUUUGCCUUGAAGCUGGGAUACUCAGGUGAACAGGUGGAGACAGUGCUGAACAAAUUAGGGGCUUCUGCCCUUAUCAAUGAUAUUCUGGCUGAGCUUGUGAGGCUUGGUAAUAAAGGUGAACCGGAAGUUCAAGCCAGUAGUAAUACAGGCACGUUGGUCUCCCGUGGAGGCCCCUGUGUCAAAGAGGCUGUCAGUCCGGAGUUGUCACUUGAAGAUGAUUCCGUGGAUCCUUAUGAUAAUCUCAGGCCUAUCGUCAUUGAUGGAUCGAACGUGGCAAUGAGGUAAGUCUCUUUUAGAAUGUGGCAAUGAGGUAAGUCUCAUUUUGUACCUCACCUCAUGCAGAAUGUGUUCUGAACCAUCUGUUUUUCAAUGGCUGUACUUGAAUUACCUUUACAAGCAGACCUUUUUACUAUGUGGUUGUUUUGUUUUGUAGCCAUGGAAACAAAGAGGUUUUCUCUUGCCUUGGUAUCCAAUUGGCUGUUGAUUGGUUUGUGGAGAAAGGACACAAAGACAUCACAGUGUUUGUUCCUGCCUGGAGGAAAGAGCAGUCGAGACCUGAUGCCCCCAUUACAGGUACUAAAGCUCUACUUCAUUUAGACGUGCCUGCCCGAGAUAUUUUCUAAAAAGGUUGUCUAUGUUUUGGGGGGGAGUGUGUGUGUUUUUUUAUUUUAUCAACGUGUGUGAACAUUGAGCUCAAUUAUCCCCGUGCAAAAAAAGCACCCACUGUGAGCAAAAUAACUGUUACCAUUUUAAAUGGAUGACGUUAAGCCGCAAUUAAUUUGUUUGUUUACAAAUGUAAUGCAUAUGAAAAUCUCAAUGUGGAAUCACGCAAACCACAGGUACAUAGGCCUACAGAGUUCCGUGUAACAAUUUGUACGCUGCUGUUCUUGACUGAUGUUUUAACUUUCAUUUCACAGACCAAGAUAUUUUGCGGAAGCUGGAGAAAGAAAAGAUCCUAGUGUUCACCCCAUCUCGGAGGGUCCAGGGAAGGAGAGUGGUGUGCUACGAUGAUCGCUUUAUAGUGAAGCUGGCCUGUGACUCUGAUGGCAUUAUUGUGUCAAAUGACAACUACAGGGACUUACAGAACGAGAAGCCGGAGUGGAAGAAGUUCAUAGAGGAGCGGCUGCUGAUGUACUCGUUUGUCAAUGAUAAGUAAGUCAUCAAAGCCCUUACUUGGGUAAUGAGUGUAAUUCACUACAGAAUAACUAAGCAUAUUCUCUUUUUAUGUUUUAGAUUCAUGCCACCUGAUGAUCCUUUGGGAAGACAUGGUCCAAGUUUAGAGAAUUUUCUCCGCAAGCGUCCUGUUGUUCCAGAGCACAAAAAGCAACCUUGUCCAUAUGGUAGAUUGUCUCAACAAAUAAUUAUAUUGUAAUUUUGUGGUUGUACUGCUGAUGUACAAAUUGUUCAAUUUGUGCUCUCUUUUAUAUCACCUUAAACAGGGAAAAAAUGCACUUAUGGACAUAAGUGCAAGUACUACCACCCAGAGCGUGCAAACCAGCCCCAGCGGUCAGUGGCUGAUGAACUGAGGGCGUUUGCCAAGUUGUCUGCUGUGAAGACAAUGAGCGAGGGGGCCCUGGCCAAGUGUGGCACUGGACCCGCCACAGCUAAGGGGGAGAGUGGCUCUGAGGCUAAACGUGUGGCCCCCAAGCGCCAGUCUGACCCCAGCAUCCGCUCAGUCACCUGCGAGCCAGAGGAGAGACUGUCCGCUGUCCGUAAGCCUGAGGCAAAUUCUGUGCCUUCCCUCGUGUCUGCCCUCAGCGUGCCCACCAUGCAGCCUGCAAAGAGCCACGCGGCUGGUGCCUUGAACACACGAUCAGCCAGCAGCCCAGUGCCCGGCUCCCUCCAGUUCACCCACAGCUCACUGGAGCACAUGUCUAGUGUACAGUACCCACACCCACCCAUCCUAGUCACCAACAGCCAUGGCGCUUCUGUCACUUACAGUGAACAGUUUCCUAAGUACGAUUCUGUGAGCACGGACCAUGGAUACUACUCCAUGCUUAGUGAGUUUUCUAACAUGAGCAUGAGCAGCAUGCACAACGUAGACAGCUUCUGUAGCAUGGAGCAUGAGCACGGGGUUUAUCCGAGAAAUCCCAGCCAGCAUUGCCCUGAGCCCUGCCUCAGCCAUUCUAACAGUGACUCCUUUUCCUCUUAUGGGGAAUUAUACAUGAGCUCAGUGGACAGUAGCCUGGAUGAGAGCAUGAAGGGACAGCAGUCUCCUGCACAGAGCAGACUCCAGGCCUUCUCCCAUGGGGGGUUCCAUCACGAGGCCCUGACCCGGGUGCAGAGCUAUGGCCAUGAGGAGCCCAAGCAGGGUCCAAGCAGGAAGCAGUCCAUAUCCCACCUGACACCGCAUGUCCAGCACCCUGUUGUUGGGGCCCGGUCCAGCUGCCCAGGGGACUACCCCUUACCUCAGAAUGUCCUACCGUCACAGUCCUCGCAGCCGGGACGCUCCCUGGGCAUGACACGUAUGGACAGCAUCUCAGACUCCAGGCUGUACGAGAGUAACCCCAUGAGGCAGCGUAGACCCCCACUGUGCCGCGAACAGCACGCCAGCUGGGACCCGCUGCCCUGUGGCAGUGAGUCCUAUGGAUACCACUCGUACCCCCUGAGUAACAGCCUGAUGCAGCCGUGUUGUGAGCGGGUGAUGGUCCGCAGCAUGCCUGACAAGAUGGAGCAGAUCUGGAGGUCUCCGUGGGAGAACCCGCCUCAAGCCGAGCACCAGGAGCGCCAUGUCAUCCCAGAGCACCAGUACCAAACAUACCGCAACCUCUGCAACAUCUUCCCCGCUUUCGUGGUGCACUCUGUCAUGGAGAAAAACCCUCAUCUGACGGACCCACAACAACUCGCUGCCGUCAUUGUCACGAAGCUGAGGUCUUGCCAUUGA